AUGUAUGGUCUCCUACACGCUCCCGAUACAGUUGAGCAGGCUGGAGUCGAUAGGGAAGCUGCUGAGUGGCCCCGAGUCGUCGACGGGCGCCUGUUGUAUCGAGGGGAAGUGAAGGUAGGGGACCGUGUUCUACCUGUAUGCGAAGAAGCCUCCUUCACAUCCCCUAUGCCAGAGGAUCCCGAAGCUGUUGCUGAAGCUUUCGCAGGCUACUAUGAUGGCAACUUCCCCGAGACAACUGAGCAUGAUAUUUCCUCUCAUGUAGAGAUAAAGGCUCCAAUGAAAUACAAAGAUGGCGGAAGAGGAAAGGUCAAAGCCCACCUCGCCGCUACGGGCCACCUCGUUGUCGGGUCAAUUCCCCAAUCAGACGAGCCAGCGACUCCGGAGGGUCUGGAUCUUUUCGCGCCGUACGAACAGAAGCUAGCGAAGUUUGUAGUUCUCAUCAGUUCGCUAAGCGGCAACUGCGCUUGUCUUUAUCUUCAGAUUACCCCCGCUGAGCUUCAACGAACCCUCCUGAGGGUCUUCGACCGCGCCUGGGGCAAAUUGGGAGCUGCUUCUCGCCGCCACGGUGAAAAGAUAUCUCACGUGGCGGUGGUACUGGAUUUCAACGAUAUGUCUCAGUUGGACCUUGCUGCUUAUUCAACGCACCGUCUUUUGGGGGAUAUUGGGGAAGUCUUGCGAGCAUAUUGCCCUUGGCUUGUAUAUAAGAUCAUCGUUUUCAAGCUGCAGUUCGCGAGGGAAUUCCUGUGGGAGCUUCUCAGACCAGCUCUGCAUGCAAACUGCCGCGUUGUGACGGCAGAGGAUGAGGACGAGCUGCUUCAGGAGAUCCAAGCAGACGGGACCUUCAUCCUGCAUACUCUUGGAGGUUUCAAUGAGUGUAGCGUGUUGCGAUGUCGCCGGCCUGUCUACCGUUUGCCACAGCCUCCCCAGCCACUGGGCGCGAGCGAAUGGUUCAGCAAGGAGGGAGAAACAACGGAUUUCUGGGAAGACAUGCAAAAACUGUACGCGGAGGCACCGGGAGCCCCACCGGAGGAAGAGCCUGUGGACGACAUCAAAACCAGCGCCAGUGACCAAAUCAGUGCGGCAUUAUCAAGGCAAAUGCAAGAUGAAAGCAGAGAGGAAGCUUUGCAAAGCAAAGAGAACGAGCUAAAGGACCUUCUCAUCCGACGGGAAUGCCUGCUACCCCAUUUCAAGAAGGCGCUAAAGCAGGUGUUCAAUACGAGGCAUGCCGAUGUAGAGUUCGUAAAAGCGCCGGCACUACCAGAGAAAGAGUUAGCUCGUCCUUCGUUUUCUAUGAAAGACGUUACAAAAUCCGAUGUGCAGAUAUGCAUCUGGAAUCCGCCAGCGAACGAAGUGGAGGCAGCAAGAGAAACGACACAGAUGCUCCUGAAUAUAUUUGAAAAGCGCAGUCUGUGGACCCAUCCGCCGCUGCCUCCCAAUUACAUGCAUGCAUUUGAGAGGACAACCUAUCCGCUCGAUUGCGUUCACCAUUCCCGAUCGGUCUCCCUCAUGAAGCCUCAGCAGACUCCCCUUUCUACUUCUCCUACUCCAACCAAGGGCGGCCUAACGAGGCCUGCUCAGGUCAAGGAAAACCUCCCAUAUCCUUCCAAUAAAGCUGCAUGGAACGCCCUUAACUUCCUGUGA